AUGGACUUGGCAAGAUGGCUUUGGUUUCUCCCCAAGAUAGGUGGUAGAAAUACCCGUUUUCUUGUAUUGAUGCAAGAAAAUGUUGGAAAGGAAGUGAGUUGUUACUCUGACCAAAAGCUCGACCAGAAUCCUCCCAAUUGCACCAUGGCCACUUCACGAUUCGCACAUGGCCACUUCACGAUGGAUCUGUGGUUCAUCCACACCAUCCACAGGAUGAUCCUAGCAUACCCAGGAUGGUCAUCACGGAAAAAGAGUGGCUGUUACUGCUGCCAAACCUCUUGCUUGCCGCACUUGCCUAGGUUCGAAGCACAAACCAAAGACCCUACCGGACACCAAAAAGGUUCUCCAAAUGCCCGUCCCUCAGGCUUCCGAGAUCACUUCGGUGUGUCCUUGCUGCUUUCAUUGCCAGAGCUUUCAUAG